AUGAUGGUACCGACCACAAACGGAGCAUCUAAAAAAAUCCCAACCACUACAAUUAAUAAUCAGGGAUUAUAUAAUUCUGGCGAUGCGGACACGACAGCACAGGCCGUUCUCCUGUCCGAGCUGGUCGCGCAGAAAUCGCGGGCCGUGGAAGCGAGGCGGCACGCGCUCGUGCUUCUCCGCGAAUUCCGGUCGCUCAACGACAGCAUCGCCGACGCCAACGGGAAGAUUCAGGACGCGUUGCGCGCGCGGGAGAAACUCAAGCUGACGUCAGCGCGACUCGAGCAGCAGCGGAAAGUCAUCGACGAGCUUUCAGUGAUUGUAGACAACACCGCUCAGCGGAUGUACGAGCGCGACUCGGAGGACGCCCGGCUGUCGCUUGUGGCAGCGGGCGAGGCGAAACUCGUGGCACAGCGGCUGUCUGCGAAUCUCGCACGGAAGGUGCUGCGACUGCGCGACAAAGUGGCGUCGUACAACAUCGCAGUGACGUGCCGCGACGAGAUAGUUAAAGCCUGGGAGCAGCGGCUUCCGCAGGCAAUGGAAGCGGAGAAACUAACCAACGCGACGCUGCGAGAUUACCUUGCAGUGUUCAAACGCGCGAUGAAAUCCUUUCCUGAAGCGGAGCGCGCCAUACUCGAAAUCGUCCAAACGCCGUUCUCAUCAAAGCGCCGAAAUGAGACGCGCCACGGUGGCGCGGCAUCGGCGCCAGUCGCGUUGAGUUCAGUCGCAGAUGAUGAUGCAGAGAAUCAGCAUCAUACUUCAUCGCCUUCAUUAAACGGACCACCUUCAUUCACUCAGAAGAAGAAUCGUACGGUUGGACGCCCCUGGAGCGACAAAGAAGACCCAUUUCUCGCGGAAAUUGAGGCGCCGCCCCAUGGUGAAGGGACAGAAGCUGAACAUCGCCCUGAAGAUAUUAAGAACUUGCAGGAGAAGCUGCGCAAGUCAAGUGAAGCCGUGGAGGAGAUUGCAUUGGCAGAGGCAGAGGAGGCGGUGGUUCGGGGAUUGCUGGACAGCCUCCGAGCCGAAUUUCAGGCUUGGAAAUCUUCCGUAGCUGAAGGUCGGGCGUCAGAGGACAUAAAGAAUUUGAGAAGGAUGCGUGAAGACCUGGAAUACGCGGAAGGCGAUGCAGAGUUUGCGGCUUCCCAAGUGAAGGAAGGCGAGAAAGAUGUUGAGCAGGCGGAAGCUGAGCUGGCGGGCGCACGGGAAAUUGCUGAGGAGCAGACAAGGAUCUUGCACGAAGCGGAGGAAGAUUUGCGCCGAGCCAUGAGUGUUGAGGCGGCGACGCAGACCUUGAAAGCACGGAUUCAGCGAGAGGAGGCUGAACGGGUGAAGGCUCAGGCGGAGAGGGUUGCAGGAGAGAUGUUGCGUAAGGUGCAACUAGCUGAGGCGUUGGUUUUGGAAAGAAGGCCUGGCUUGCAAGAUGCCAUUGCGGAGAGGGAGAGGCUAGCAAGGAAAGUUGCAGCGUUGAAAGCUAGUGUGAAAGAGUUAGAGGAGAGGUAUGGAGAGGGUGAGUCAGCGGCUAAGGAGGCUGUUAGGCUCAUAAAGCUGCUCAUGCCGGUUGUGACUGCUAAGUAUGAGGAAGCUCGUGCUGCCAAGCAGGCGUGGGGCAGAUUCUUGAGCCUCGAGAAUGCCUAG